GCAGCCGUCGGUGUAAACAUGGAGGACGGCGAGGCGGAGGAUCGGACGCGGGUGUCGCUGGUGGUGCCGACGCCGCCGGGCCUCGACGCCCUCUACACCCUCUGCAGAAGGGUCUACCCUGACCAGCCCAACCCCCUGCAGGUCAACGCCCUCGUCAAGUACUGGCUCGGCGGUCCCGACCCCCUCGACUACAUCAGCAUGUACGCCAACAACGGCCAGGCCGACCAGGGAAUUCCUCCGCACUGGCACUACAUCACUUUUGGUCUGUCUGAUUUGCACGGCGACGGGCGGGUGCACGAGGUGGGUUUGGAGGGAGGGCUGAGCGGGUUUGGCUUUGAACUGACCUUCCGCCUGAGGAGGGAACCUGGCGAGACGGCGCCGCCGACCUGGCCCGCCGCCCUUCUCCAGUCCCUCGCCAAAUACGUCUUCCAGUCAGAAAACAUGUUAUGCGCGGGCGACCACGUGUCAUGGCACGCGGCCCUCGACGGCAGCGAGUCGCGCCUCCAGCACAUGCUGAUGGCGCCCGACCCGCAGCUCGGACAGCUCAGGGCGCCCACCGGCAUGGUCACCUUUGUUCAGGUGGUGGGGAUUUGUGCAGAGGAGCUGCGAGUGGCGCAGCAUUGGAACGGUCCGGGCGUCAUCGACAUCCUCCGGCGUUUGCCAGGAGCUGGCGGUCCGUGGCUGGUGACGGACAUGCGGCGCGGGGAAAGCAUGCUCGAGUUGGACGUUUCGGUGGCCGAGGAGGUCGCCAGGGGCAUCAACACCGACGGCUCCAACCUCAGCGGGGUCAGCGCCAGGUGCUCCUGGGCCGAAAACUCUAGCAUAAUUGACGACGGAGGAAGGGCGGAAAGGGCCACCCUGACCGAGGACGACAGCGAGCAGAUCAAGUCUGCCCUGAGGAAAGGGCUGCUGCAGUCCAGGGGGUGCAUCACCCCGAACAGGAACGAGCGCAACGAGGACCUAUCUUCGAGCUUUAAUGCUGAGGAGGGCAGUGAAAUGUCCGAACUUGGCCGGGUGAGGAAACUCAAGGCGCUGCACCUCACCUUCAACAGGGAGGCGGGUAGUUUGCUCCCCUUGGCAAUUAGGGGUCGGGUGUCGCACGGGCGCCACUUCACCUUCAAAAGCGUCUUCAGCGACUCGGCCAUCACUCUGGUGUCCCCUUUGGUGACCGGAAUCUUCGUCGACCUCGAGAACCCCUAUGCGGCUCACGGGGCGUGGCUCCAGAUGCUGUUGCCUCCCCACGUGGCCAUCGACAUGUCCGACAGCCUCGAACAACUCACCAACCCCGAACAUAUGGUGCUGCCGAAAACAUUCAGCUGGCCCGAACACAGACUGACCAUCACAAUUAUGCCUGAUUGAGGCAAAUCGCCUCCUAUUUUUAGCCUCGUCUUGCGGAAAAUUCCACUCUCAAUACUUAACGACGACCUUUCUUUCUUCCUCCCGAGAGAGGGUUUAAAGUGCAGCUACACGUUAAUUAAAACUUAAGUCGGCUCCUGAGCUGUGUGAUCACGUGCCUUAAUAUCACAACUUAAUUCUUCUUUGUAUCAUAUUUAUUGAACAAAACGACGACAACAAAUUUAUUUAUAUAUUAUAUCUGAGCCUUCGAUUAAAUAAAGUGUGUAAAAUAAAUUUUCCACCA